UUUACAAUUGAUCAAAUAACGUUGUGUUGAUAAACUCGUCGUAUUCAAUGAUUCAAUUAUGUUAGGAACAAGAUUAUUAUUUAUUUUAUUGCCGUUAGUUGUCUUGGUCAACGGGCAAUCUGGCUCCGCCCGAGAUUGGAGGUUUAGAAGGCCCUCAAGAUUUCCUACUCAUGUAGUGCCAAGACCUAGUUACGUUUCAAGACCUACAACAUUUGCACCAAGACCUGAAAUAACAACUGAGGUGCGACCACAUGAAACCGUUUCUACGACGCAUUGGCCAUCAUCCACUUAUUCUCCACCUGUACGCCAUCCUUCAUUUAACAGGCGACCUAACAUUGUAUGGUCAAGACCGUUCAUAGCCAGCUCGCCAAAACCGAAACCAUCCGUCACCGUCGUAGUUCUUCCUGGUUCUCAUUCUCAUGUACUGCCCACAUCACCACGACCAUAUUAUGUAUACCCCGAAAAGCCGACAUCAAAACCCAUUGAUAUUCCACUUGCGCCCGAGUCGGACCUAUUAUAUUCUAAACCCGAAUCUCAACCUCUCAAUGAACCUGAUGUAUCAUCCAGUUCUAAACCGGUAACUGGUGUCUUUGAGCCAGAACUCAAACCUUCUCCAAAACCAGAAACAGAACAACCCUCUAUUAAUGUUGAACCUGUACCAGAACCUCCUAAGCCUGAAGUUGUGGUCUCGCGUGUACCUGAGCCACAACCUGAAGUCAAACCUGAAUCAGAACCCAUUCCUCAUGUUGAAAAUGAAACAUCUAGCCCUGAACCAAAGCCUCAACCAGAUGAGGAGCCGAGGCUUAAACCUCAAGUGGAACCUAGACCUGAAACAGAACAAGAAUUGAGCCCCGGUACACCUGAGCCGCAAGUGGAACCUAGGCCUGAACCACAAGUAGAACCUAAACCAGAACCACAAGUGGUACCUAUACCGGAACCACAAGUGGUACCUAUACCGGAACCACAAGUCGUACCUAUACCAGAACCAGAAUUGGAACCUAAACCUCAACCAGAAGAGGAACCUAAACCUGAACCACCAGUGGUAACUAAGCCGGAACCCGAAUAUUCACCGCAGCCCAUACCGGAAGUUACUUCUGAAGGAUUCGAUGAAGUUUCACCCGGACUUUCAUCAUUUUCAAAACCUGUUUUCGAAUCAGAAUCCUCAUCCAAACCUUCAGUUGAGCCAGUACAAGCAGAAAUGUCUUCUACACCUUAUGCUACAGUUCCACCCAACCCUUCUCGUGAAUCUUCAACACCAGGACCAUAUCCACCAACACCAGAAGCAUUAUCAGAGCCCGAGUUGUUAGAUCACUCAGAAGUUCCGUCUAACCCAAUACGACUUAGAUAUAUACCUGGGAUUGGUAAUUCACGUAACCCUAUUUCUGCCACCUGGUCAAAGCCUAGUUGGUUCCCUAAGCCUUCUAAGACACCUGAACAUCCAAAUCCCUGGAAACCAACCUCAAAGCCAAUAUUCCAUCUACCCUCGAGAACAAGUACCAUUCAGCCACAAACAAGAGCUACUUCACCAAAGCCAGUCAACGUCCCUGCUCGACCUGUUCCAACAGCAAGAACACCUAGCUAUGCUUUUGAUGCAAUGGCCUUGAUGGAUUAUCAAUGUCAUGAGCCUAACGGCUACUUUGCAGUACCGACAGAGUGCGACGCUUUCAUAGAAUGCAAAUCCAACAGAGCAAGACAAAUCAAUUGCCCGGAUGGACUUCAUUUUAAUCCUAAAGCUGUAUGGCCAGAAUACCCAUGCGCUUAUCCGUCAGAAGUUCAAUGUGCCGCCCAUUAUGCAAAACAAGCUCCAAGGCCCACAGCAGAGUGUCCGCGACAGUAUGGCUAUUUUGCUUCUCCUUCUGGUGAUUGCGGUCAAUAUAUCAUGUGUCUCGAAGGCAAAGCUACCAAAAUGACCUGCCCUCCAGGCCUUGCAUUCAAUUUAAAAACAACUGCUUGCGACUGGCCUGCAAAUGUUCCGUCAUGCAACCCUGUUGUUUUUAGAGGCUUUACGUGCCCCGUGACAGACAUUGGAGAAAAUGGAAAACCUUCCGAUCUGAUUUAUAAAUACAGAUAUGGAAAAAGUUGCAAAAAAUACAUAGCCUGUCAACGAGGAAGUCCGCGUCUUCUAAGCUGUGACGAGGGUCUUUCUUACGAUGAAGCAUCACAAAAUUGUAUAGAUGAUGAAUUUGUUAAAGAUUGCUCUUAAUUAAACGUUAUUUUAUAAACAAUGACGGAUAUUCAAGAAUAAACUGAAAAUAAAAUAUAUUUUUUUUUAUAAUA